AUGGGAAGACACUCUUGUUGCUAUAAGCAGAAGCUUCGGAAAGGUCUUUGGUCUCCAGAAGAAGAUGAAAAGCUCUUGAAUUAUAUCACCAAACAUGGCCAUGGAUGUUGGAGUUCAGUUCCAAAACUAGCUGGUUUGCAGAGAUGUGGUAAGAGUUGUAGAUUGAGAUGGAUAAAUUACCUUAGACCUGAUUUGAAGAGAGGAGCAUUUUCAGAAGAAGAAGAAAAUUCUAUAAUUGAACUUCAUGCACUUCUCGGCAACAGGUGGUCGCAGAUUGCAGCUCAGUUACCCGGAAGAACUGAUAAUGAGAUAAAGAACUUAUGGAAUUCAAAUUUGAAGAAGAAGCUGAGACAAAAAGGAAUUGAUCCAAACACACACCAGCCGAUUUCCGAAUUAGUUGAAAACAAUGACAAAGAGAAGCAAGUUGAGACUGAGAAAAGCAAUAAGCAGAUACAGAUUCAGAAAAGUUCUGUUGGAUCCAAUGAAGUGAAUCUUUUCGAAACACCAAAGGAUAAUAACUGCAAUUAUCCAGUCGAAAUGAAUUCAAAAAUCAACAAUAAUUCUUCGAGUUUCAUAUCUUCUGAAAACAUGGUUGGAUUAGGAUCAUCAUCUCCAUCAUAUCUGUCUUUUCAACAAGUUAACUAUGGAAUCAAUAACAUAGCUCUAUCACCAAAUUCCAAUAACAACAACAACAGCAACAACAGUUCACUUUGUUUCAUACCGAGUACUAAUGGCGGUUCAACUUCCAUGUCUGAACUCAAUUCUUCAACCAUGUUUCAGUCUAUUCAGAACUGGGAAUUCAGUAACAACACCAAUAACGCCGCAAGCAAAAGCAGCAAUGGAAGCAGUGUAUGCAACAUUAACUUUAUUGAUCAAGAUCAUCAUCAAGUAAUAGAAGACAUUAAAUGGUCUGAAUAUCUAAACACUACUCCAUUUUUUCUCGGAAACAACAACGACAACAACAUCACACUUCAACAGCAUCAUAGUACGACAAUCUACAGUGAUGAUGAGAUUAAACAAGAAAUGGGAUUCAUUCAUAAUAAUUCAGAUAUAUAUAGCAACAACAACAAAGAUUUUCAGAGAUUCUCACUCGCUUUUGGACAGACACUUUAG